AUGCCUUCCUCAGCCCCCUAUCCUUCCCUUCCCCGCCCCCCUCCACCCCCCACGGUUUCAGAGGGGAGGAAGAGGGGGGAGGUAGCAACCCCCUCCCCGCCCCCCCUCAGGCGCCCCCCAGCCAGGAGAGUGUACGUGAGGCACCCCAAGCCCCCCCAGACCUACGUGGAGCUGAUAGGAGAGGCCCUGGAGUCGUCCCCCUCCGGCGCCCUUACCCUCGGGGGCAUCAGCGAGUACCUGAGGGGGAAGUACACCUUCUUCAGGGGCCCCUAUCAAGGGUGGCGCAACUCCGUCAGGCACAACCUCUCCCUUAACCAGGACAACCUCUGGACUCUCGACCCCCCGCCACCUGCCCCGCCCCCCUCCCCCGAGGCGCACCCCCCCACCACCCACAGGGGAAAGCAGCAGUGA